UGUAUAAUGCAAUAAAUAUGGAUAUGAGUAAUAAUAUAAUUUGUAUAAUAUCAUGUACAAUAAAUCAGUUAAAAUACGUAUAUGAGCAUAUGCAUGAAAAAAAAUAGAUUCUAUAAAUACUGUAUGAAAUAUUGUAGAUAUUUAAGACAUAUCAUGGUAUUUUCAUGAAAUCAUCAACAGUGCUGGACAUAUGGUGUAGUGCAUAAAGGGUAGAUGUUCAAAAAAUGUACCGAUGGCCAAGAAAAUCACCAAACAUUCCCACAACAAACAUGUACAACAAUGGACAAGUAUGAACCAGCUGCAGGGUGCUAGUCCCGGUAUAGAGAGCUGUAUUUCAGGACUGCAUUCCAUCUGUGCAUAUUUGCCCCAUGCUGGAUAAUUAUCAGGAGACAAGUGAGUUUCCUGGAGAGGCAGAUAUAUGGUGGCAACAAACUAACAGUGUUGCCACCAACACUGAUCUAUCUUUUUAUUUAGCAUCCAUAUACACAAAUGGCUGGCAUAUCUAUUCAGAAUCAUUCCAAUGUGGCUGCCGUUAUGUUGCCCAUGUAAACGUGACAAAUAAAUCAGUGGGGUCUCCUAAUCUAUGUUCCCUGGUUGCAAAUGUUUGUGGGGAGGCUGAAGGGAGGAAGGAAGGGAGGAAGGAAAGGAGACAAGGACACCGCUAGAGCGUGUUGGGUCGCGGCCCGCUGUAUUCCUUCGACUCCAUUCACCUCCAUUCACAGUAAAUAAAAGCAUGGAGGCUGUGACUCUCGGGAUCUAACGUCGAACAGCGGGGGGUACAGACACCGCCGCAUGCGCUCUCGCUUUCGCCAAAACACACAGGAAGGAAGCGGGACGGCGGCGAACACGUUGCCAGUUUGAUUUAACUCAUUUUACAAGGUAGCGGGGACUGUGGUCGGCGGUGGGAGCGGGUCGACCCGCUGCGCCGAGCAUGAAGCGGACGGCUGUGGUGGCCAGGCAUAAUGGCCUCGUCUCUCCGUUGCGGAACAACAACUCCGGGGCUUCGAGCAUCGUCUCGCCACCCCAGCCGAGAGCCACUAACAUCUACGCUGUUGCCGACGCCGGUCCUGGCGGCGGGAUGGACGGCCUGCUGGAUUUCUCCAAAGGCCCCGUUGUUAAAACCGAGCUGGUGUGCAAAUGGACUGAGCGAACUUCUCCGAGGCAGCGGCUGGGGCGGACGGCGACGACGUCCGUCUGCGACCAAACUUUCAGCUCCAUGCCCGAGCUGGUGGACCACGUCACCACCGAGCAUGUAGCGGCGGGGCUGGAGACCCUCAGUCAUGUCUGCAUGUGGGACGAGUGUAUGCGCGGCGGGAAGGCGUUCAAAGCCAAAUACAAACUCAUCAACCACAUUCGCGUGCACACCGGGGAGAAGCCUUUUUCGUGCGCAUUCCCCAACUGCGGCAAGAUGUUCGCCCGCUCCGAGAACCUCAAGAUUCACACUCGCACGCACACUGGUGAGAAGCCAUUCCAGUGUGAGUUUUGCGAGCGGCGCUUCGCCAACAGCAGCGACCGGAAGAAGCACUCUCAAGUCCACACAGCCUCGAAGCCCUACGACUGCAAGGCACUGGGAUGCACCAAGUCUUACACCCACCCCAGCUCCUUGCGCAAACACAUGAAGGUUCACAUCAAGCUGUCACCCACAUCUGAAACCCAGGACCUGUACGACUCCAUCCCUCAUCACCAACUCCAGCAACAUCAUCAGGUUGUCUUCGAGCCCCUUGACCUUAAAAUAAACCGCCUCUCUCCAUCGCUUGCCAACAAAAACUCAAGUUUUCCUCUUCUGUCCAACCAUGAAUUGGAGAUUAGCUCAGCCAGUGAAGUAGACCAUAAGCUGCUGCUGCGGAGUUCAUCUCCAGUAGCAAUGCCUCUUGAUCUUUCUCUGUCGGGCCUGAAGAGUCAACUGACUCAGAAGCAGCAGAGUGGCCGGACCCCACGGAGGAGCCAGCGCUCUGUCAACCCAGCCUUACCUCAGCUGUCUAAUAUUAAGGAGUGGUAUGUCUGUACCAGGACUACAGCUCCAAACUUUCCUCUACUUCAGCCUGAACACAUCAAAUCAGAACCUAGUGAUGAUGAGGAGUAUGUCACGUAAUAUUGAGGAACUUGUGAAUCUGGACAUGAGGAUCAAGCAUUAAACUGUCGGACCCCGAUGAGGCCUAGAAAGAGCAGUUGUAUGGUUCAACAUCAGUCAUUCUUGGCAUGGUCUGCGAUCAUUGAGGAUUUUUACCGCAUCUCACAUGAAAAACUCAGAGAUUGUCACUACGCGUGGACCAAAAUAUAAAAUAACAUCUGAAAUGAUGUCAGGAAGGACAAGAAGUAUUCCAUCAUUAUGGACAUGAAACUAAAUGAAAAAAAAGCUAAAGUUGUCAGUUUUUAGAUGACUAACCUGUACCAACAGAGGAGUUUGUACACGUGGACCAGAUGAUGUUGGGAACUGCUUUGCUUGAUGAUAAAAAAAAAAUAUUAAUAAGGCGUGUGUGUACAUGAUGACCUCUCUAGCGAGAGACUCCAGAGAUUAUUUAAGGGCUCCAUCUAGGUGAAGCAAAUUCAAGGGCUAAAUUGAUACUGAUCGAAAGGAGUUAUUGUUAGAAGUUAACCUAAUCCCACUGCAUCAAUGUGCGCAUGGUAACACUGCAGUUCCAAAGCAGCCAGCACAUAGCGUGGAGUAUGGACCAGUUCAGAUCUAUGUAUGCUUUAAACAAAUGAAUUUGUACUUUGUUAGAAAGUUGUAAUUCUGCUGUUAGAAUGGAGGUCCUACACAGCAUACUGCUAUUGGAUUGGACAAGGACUGCAAAGUGAUGCCUAGGAUAACAAACAGUUGACAGUGAGCAGUUGAAAAGUGUUUAUGUGAUUGGUGUACUGAAACACAUCCUUCUUUAUACUGAUCAUGUUUCUACUAUCAGUGGGUUAUUGUCAGCAUCUCUUUAGUCUCCCGUUACAAUUUAGUCCAGACAAGGUUUCCAGAAUUGCUACACAUCAUACACACGUCGCUGUCAUAUUGAAAUGUGUCCAAAAUAAUACGCAAGACCUCUGCUAUUUUACUUAGAUCAAAUGAUGUACCAGUGAAAGGUGGAUCUGAAUAUUGACUGAAUCUAAGCAUCCAGUAUCAGUGAAUCAACGAACAAAGAGUUGUGUACAGGUGUACACAGUUGUGAUUGUUGUACAGUUUGGAAAAGUGUUUAAUGUUUGAAGUGAUACCCAUACUGUCCAUCCACGAGUACAGGAAGUCCUUUCAAGCAGGAUUUGAACCAUGGGCGUAAGGGAGCAAUGUUUUUCUGCAGGGGAUUCCGCUUCUUCUCACCGUUCUCAACACAUGCAGGUUAGGUUGACUGGCAUCUCAAAACUGCGAAGACAAACGGUUACCUGUUUCUAAGUGUCAGAUGUUUGUGAUUGAUUGGUGACGUGUUCACGUUGUUCCUCGCCUCUCAUCCACUGUCAGCUGGUAUAGCCAGUGUUCCCUGCCUCCCCAAACCUAUGAGUAUGUCUAGCUAAUGGGUGGAGCUUUGUUUCUCUUCUAUAGAUGUUUGGCUUUGGAGAGGAUUUACAGUGCCUAUAAAAAGUAUUAAUCCCCUUCAAUGCUUCCCCCUUUUAUUGUUUUUAUAAAUGGAAUUAUGAGCAAUAUACUUUGGCUUUUUCUUUUUUUCCUACCAAAAACUACAAAAACUUAUACUGUGCAAAUGAAAACAAAUUUCAUUUCUACAAAGUAAUGUCAACUAAUUAAACAUAUACAGUAUAAUGUUAAAUGAGUUAUUGCAUAAGUAUUCAGUGGAGGUCCAACGAUAGACUUGUUGCGAUAGACUCAUGGUUAGCGAACUGGAGAUCAGCUGAGUGCAGUCAUUGUGUCAAUAAUCCUUUAAGGGUAUAAUUAAAAAAGAAAAUAACCAAGUCAUUCUACAUACCCCGGGAUUAAAUCCAUCGUUAGGAAAUGACAGACUGUGGCACAAGGGUGAAUCUGCCUAGACCCAACUGCCGUUUCAAACUGAGUGAUGGUAUAGAAAGGAACCUAGAGAGGGAGAUCUAUGACUACUCUGAAGAAGUUAAAAGCUUCUGCACUGGAUAAAUGAGAGGUUGUGCAAGGGAGGAAGGUUCUUUGGUCUUAGGAGACCGAAAUGGAGUUUUCUGGCCUUCAGAUUAGACACUAGACCCCAAACACUGCACAUCACCACAAACCCAACAUCAUGCUGUAGGAAUAAUUCUGCAGCUGGCCCUGGACUGCAUGAGAAGCUAGUGGGUAACAUGCAUGCAGCCAAAUGUAGGGAAAGCCUGGAGGACCUUCUGUCUUUGGUCCAUUUUCCAUGGUGACGAUGAUCUGAAGCAUACACCGAAGUCUGCACAGACAUGGCUUAAAGACAACAAGGGGGAUGGUUUUAAGACCUAAUUAAGGUUUCUUCCUCUUUAGACCUAGCCUCACAGAGUCAAUGUGGUUGGUGCCAGAGCUGCAUCUACAAAGUAUUUGAACUUGAAGUGGUGAAUACUUAUGCAGCCACUUAUUUCACAGCAUAUAUUUUUUAUUAUUUGACAUUAGUCUAUAGAAAUCUGAUACCUACUUUGACAAUAUUUAGUUACAAAAGCCAAAUUAUAUUUACCUCUGGAGUGACAGAGUUCCAAAUGUAUUAACUUUGUCAAUAUAAUACUGUUUCUGAUAAUAAUGAAAGUGGAAUGAACCCAAGUUGAAUGGACUCAUAAAUGCUAUGAGAAGUCAAGAACAGAGGGGGGCACAUGGACCUUAAUAAGCGUAAAACAAGUUUUAGACAGAGACAGAAUUGGGGCAGCAAAGUUUUAAUAGGCCCUACAUCUGAGAAAGCAAUUUCACACGGUUGAAAUGUUGGAACAGUGGUCAGCACUUCCAAGCCGCUGUUAGAUGGUCAUGGAGCAUGUUUGUGUUCUUUUUGCUUUAGGGAAAACAUCUUUUUAAAGUUGUGUUGCCAGAUCUAAGUUUGUUCCAGUGUUUCAGUCCAGACAACGUUCAUCCAAUCCGUCUUUGUAAAAUGUUUAUUAACUCACACCAACAUACAGUCACUGUAGCUCACAUGCUGUAACUCCCGAUGAACCUGUAUGCCUUGAUGGUCCACCAUACAAAACACAAAUCCUCUGAUUAACCAACACUAAGUCACAGUUAUCAAAAAAAGGCAUUAAAACAAGUAAUUUGACUUCACCGAUGAUGUUUUUAUGAAGCGUUUAUGUCGACUGUACUGAAUAUUGUAUACCGGUUUUUCUAAAUGGCUUUGGACAUUCUUACAACUGCUGUGUUCUUUUAUCCUUAUAACUAACAGAUUUAUCAACCUUAGGACAUACACAAGAAAAACAGUCUAUAGAUUGGUGAGAUGUUGAGAUUUGAUGAAAAAUACAAUUAAUCAAAUGCUCACUCAGAUUUCUGAGCAACAUUUAUACAGGCUUAUGUGCAUAUAUUUGGAUGUACACAGUUCACCAACAGUCUGUCUUUAGUCUGACUUUUCCAACACAGGACUGACCCAUAUCAGUCCCAAAACUUAAUGCUUAAAGCUUAAUAAAGCCGACGUACUCAUUAUCCUGGAAAUGAUUUUUCCUCUUGUUGCCAGUGAAGCAUUUGACCUCUGGCAUUUUCAGGGACCUUAUAAAGUUAAAAUAGCAUGUAUGGUAUCUGGCUUAAUUCUGUGUUUGACUACAACCAGAUUUGAGAAGUGCAUUUUGUUUUUUUUUUCAGACAUGGAGGGCCACUAUAUCAUUUAGUGUAGGAGCGUAGGGUGGAGUAGAAUGUAUUUGUUUUGCCAUUUAAACUAUUCUUGAACUGCUCCAGCAAAGGUUUGGGAAUCGAGUUUUGAGUUUUGAGUUUUGAAUUGUCAGCGCAAGAAAAAUAAAAGGAAUUUAGGUUCACAACAGUGCCAUGGAUGAACGCUUACAGUAGUAGAACAUAUCGGCAAAAGUAAAGGCAGGAUGUUUUCAUUUAUAAAUAUCAGACACAAUUUGGAUUAGAAAAACUAAAUCAGAUCAAUAUUUUGCUGAGGUUGUCUUUAAUACAGGACCACUUCUCCUUUGUCCAGUUUUUUUUUGUUCUUUUUUUUUUCUUUCUGCUUCUUCCUGCAUGUAAAACCAGACCCCAUGAUGUUGAGAUAAGGUCUCUUUGCAUCUGUUACAAGACUCUUCUUGUAGCUAAAGACUUUUUUUUUUUUUUACCAUUGGGUGUACGGUUGUCCUGAUGUGUAAUGAAUUUUGGACAGAUGUCUCCCAGAUUAUGUGAUCGAUAAAAUUCAAAAAAUCUUUCAUACCACCAAUGUUUCCAUGCUUCUACGCUACUUCCACGUAGAAGAAACCUUUUAUUCUUUGCCAACUGGAAUGCAGAUGGGUGAGAUUGUGAUCAGGUCAUCGACCACUCAAGGAUAUUUAUUUAGCUAUCUUGCUGAAUGAUGGUGAAAUGCUGUCCAAUGAAUGCAUUUGCUGAAUGUGAGCACAGUUAUGCUGUGUUCCUGUGUGUUAAUGUCAUUGCUUCUGUCAGGAGUGAAAUCAUCGAUACAUCUUCUCUCUUCUCUGCAUACUCCAAACAGUUUACAUAAAAUGAAAAGUAAAAUGUCAAGAAAAUGAUUCAGUUAUUGCAGUCAAAUAUUAAAUUUGCUUUAUUUUGCAAGACAAAUGCUAACACAAUUUUACAUUAUAUAUUUUUAAUUAAUUGACACUAUUUUGCAGAGUUUACAAUUUUGUCGCAGAAGUUAAAAGAAUAAAAGGGGAGGACAUUCAGAGGUUUUUAAAAGAAACUGUAGAAUAAAAACUCCGUCCUCCUUGUUAACUAAGCUACUUUAACAUGUACAGUAACCGGACAAUUUGCAUUUCAAGCAUCUGAGCAUUGUUUAAUCCAUGCUGAACAAAGAAUUUGAAUUAAAUGCUUUUUAUAUACCUAACAUUAUUGAGUCUAUUCAUUUACUAAUAUAAUUAGCUUAUUAAACACAUCCUUUCUGACCCUAGCUCUGAGUCCAUACUCUAGCUCUUGUUCUCCUUUGACCUCAAAUAAAUAUAUGGCAGACAGAUAUAAAAUGACAUGAUCGUUCAGGCCAAAGAGAACCAAUUAAGUAGCAGUGGACGUUCAACAGCAACACACGUACACAUAUUUGAGCAAUGAAAGCCAUACACAGUCAUCAGCAUCCAUGUUUUUUUCCUGAAUGGCAAUUAUGCUCUUUUAAUUUUAUUGUCUUUAGUAAAUUGGUCAUACAUUGUUUUCAUUGCAGUUACAGUUUUCACCUCCACUGUAAGGUUGCUUGCUAAUCAUUUCUGUGACGGAUGUCCUAAACAAAAACAUUUCUGUAUUCAAAUUAAAACAGUAUUUUCCUUCAAAAA